UCUUCGGUUUCCCGGUCCAGAAGAGCAGUUAAGAUGGAUUUCUCCAAGCUUCCAAAAAUUCGUGAUGAAGACCGAGAGAGCGUAUUCGGCCGCGUCCAUGGAGUCUCCGGACCUGUGGUCACUGCCUGCAACAUGUCGGGUGCCGCUAUGUACGAGCUGGUUCGCGUUGGCCACAGUGAACUCGUGGGAGAGAUUAUCCGGCUGGAGGGGGACAUGGCGACGAUCCAGGUGUACGAAGAAACCUCUGGCGUUUCCGUAGGAGACCCUGUCCUGCGCACCGGCAAACCCCUGUCGGUAGAGCUUGGGCCCGGCAUCAUGGGAGCCAUUUUUGAUGGCAUCCAAAGGCCUCUGACAGACAUCAGCGCUCAAACCCAAAGUAUCUACAUUCCUAGAGGAGUGAAUGUGACGGCUCUCAGCCGAGACAUCAAGUGGGAUUUUGCACCCAUCAAAAACCUGCGGGUUGGCAGUCACAUCACGGGCGGAGAUAUUUACGGCCUCGUGAAUGAAAACUCCCUCAUCAAACACAAGAUCAUGCUGCCUCCGCGGAACAGGGGCACUGUGACGUAUAUCGCCCCACCCGGGAACUACGAUGCUUCAGAUGUUGUGCUGGAGCUGGAAUUUGAGGGCAUGAAGGAGAAGUUCACGAUGGUCCAGGUGUGGCCCGUGCGGCAGGUCCGUCCCGUCACGGAGAAGCUGCCCGCCAAUCAUCCUCUCCUCACUGGCCAGAGAGUCCUAGAUGCGCUCUUUCCGUGUGUCCAAGGAGGUACGACAGCUAUCCCCGGAGCUUUUGGCUGUGGAAAGACUGUGAUUUCGCAGUCUCUGUCCAAGUACUCGAACAGCGACGUUAUCAUCUAUGUAGGCUGCGGGGAACGAGGAAACGAAAUGUCUGAAGUGCUUAGAGACUUCCCAGAGCUAACUAUGGAAGUCGACGGCAAAGUGGAGAGCAUCAUGAAGAGGACGGCUCUCGUCGCAAACACCUCCAACAUGCCUGUCGCUGCCAGGGAAGCCUCUAUCUACACUGGGAUUACCCUGUCUGAGUAUUUCCGGGACAUGGGUUACCAUGUCAGCAUGAUGGCAGAUUCCACAUCCCGAUGGGCAGAGGCCCUUAGAGAAAUUUCGGGGCGCCUUGCUGAAAUGCCUGCUGACAGUGGUUAUCCAGCCUACCUCGGUGCCCGGCUGGCUUCCUUCUACGAGCGGGCUGGCAGAGUGAAGUGUCUGGGGAACCCGGAGAGGGAAGGGAGCGUCAGCAUUGUUGGAGCUGUAUCUCCCCCUGGUGGUGACUUCUCUGACCCAGUUACCUCUGCUACGCUGGGUAUUGUUCAGGUGUUCUGGGGCUUGGACAAGAAGCUCGCUCAGCGUAAGCACUUUCCGUCCGUAAACUGGCUGAUCAGCUACAGCAAGUAUACGCGGGCUCUGGAUGAGUACUAUGACAAGCACUUCCCAGAGUUUGUCCCCCUGAGGACCAAAUCCAAGGAGAUCCUGCAGGAGGAGGAAGAUCUUGCGGAGAUUGUGCAGCUGGUGGGAAAGGCUUCUUUGGCAGAAACGGACAAGAUUACGCUGGAAGUCGCCAAGCUCAUUAAAGAUGACUUCCUGCAGCAGAACGGCUACUCACCAUACGACAGGUUCUGCCCAUUCUAUAAGACCGUGGGGAUACUGUCCAAUAUGAUUGCCUUCUACGAUAUGGCACGCCGAGCGGUUGAAACCACGGCCCAGAGCGACAACAAGAUCACCUGGUCCAUCAUCAGAGAGAACAUGAGCGAGAUCCUCUACCGACUCUCCUCUAUGAAAUUCAAGGACCCAGUGAAAGAUGGGGAGGCAAAAAUCAAAGCCGACUGCGCCCAGCUGUUUGAAGACAUGCAGAACGCAUUCCGUAGCCUGGAAGACUAGAGCCAUGACUCUUGCCUGGGGGCCC